GAGAGGACAAAUGGCGCAGGCAGGAGUUCAGAUGGACCGAGAAAGAUUCUCUUGUUCCAUCUGUUUGGAUCUACUGAAGGAUCCAGUGACUACAGCCUGUGGACACAGCUACUGUAUGAGCUGUAUUAAAUACUUCUGGGAUGAAGAGAACCGGAAAGGAACCUACAGCUGCCCUCAAUGUAGAGAGACCUUCAGUCAGAGGCCUGUCUUGAAGAAAAACACCCUGUUAGCAGAGUUAGUGGAGGACCUGAAGAAAAGCAGACUCCAAGAUUCUCCAGCUGACCACUGCUAUGCUGGACCUGGAGAUGUGGCCUGUGAUUUCUGCACUGGGAGGAAGAUGAAAGCUACAAAGUCCUGUCUGGUUUGUCUGGUUUCUUACUGUGAGAAUCAUCUCCAACCUCACUACGAUGUUCCUGUUUUAAAGAAACACAAUCUGGUGGAUCCGUCUGAGAAUCUUCAGCAGAACAUCUGCUCUCGUCAUCAUGAGGUGAUGAAGAUCUUCUGUCGUACUGAUCAGCAGUGUAUCUGUUAUCUCUGCACUAUGGAGGAACAUAAAGGCCAUGAAACAGUCCCAGCUGCAGCAGAAAGAGCUGAGAAGCAGAAGAAGCUUCAGGUGAGUCGACAAGAAAUCCAGCAGAGAAUCCAGGACAGAGACAAAGAUGUGAAGCUGCUUCAUCGGGAGUUGAAGGCCAUCAAUGUCUCUGCUGAUAAAACAGUGGAGGAUGUUGUUACUGGGAGGUGGAGUGGGAAGGAGAAGUUGAUCUAGCAGUUUCAUAUAAGAACAUCAGCAGAUCAGGAGAUGAAAGUGAUUUUGGAAACAAUGACAAAUCCUGGUCUUCAUAUUGCCAUGGAAGCAGUUAUACAUUUUAUCACGACUCUGGUGGAAUUGAUGUGUCAGGUCCAGUUUCCUCCAUAAUAGGAGUGUACCUGGAUCACACAGCAGGUAUUCUGUCUUUCUACAGUGUCUCUGAAACCAUGACUCUCCUCCACAGAGUCUGGACCACAUUCACCCAGCCGCUACAUGCUGGAGUUGGGUUUUAUGAUGAUGGAGACUCAGCUGAGUUCAUUUAACUUACAUAGGAGUGUAUUCAGGUCCAGUUAGUCAAAAUGUGUGUUUUAGUCUCUUUGGGUUCUAUUGUUGUUGCUGUGACUUCACUGUUGGAUCGUUUCUUCACUGAUUAGAGAUCAGUUGUCUGUGUGGUGAUGGUCUUUUGAUCAGUUGGUCUUUUUAAACUUUACUUUGUUUCUGGUUGUUGUGUCUUAAAUUUCAUUGCAUUUUUUAAACUUUUUUU